GCCACGAGCGCAGCCGCAUUACGCGACGGCCAGCUGCAGCAGGUAGCCGCGGCCGACCUGGUGCCCGGUGACGUCAUCGAGGUGGCCGGUGAGCGGCGCCCCAGCCACCCCCACGCGCGUUACCCGGUCGCUGAAGCAGCCGGCGGAGGCUGCCGCGGGUGA